GCCUUUAUUCAGUUGCUGAUUAAGAGCGGCGCGGAUGUCAAUGCGAAAGAUCAUGAAGGAUCAACACCCUUGAUCUGGGUUCUUAAUUAUCACUACUUAAGCGAUGAGGCUGUACACCAACUCGUGUCUGCUGGUGCUAAUCUUGGAGUCACGGACACCUUUGACGGGAACACUCCACUACACCUCGCAUGCAACGCAGCUAUUGCGGAGCUAUUUUUGGAAAAGGGUGCGAACGUUGCGACGAGGAACAACAAUAGGCAAACGCCACUUGAUCUCGCGAGUCAAUUGGGGAGGCAAGAUGUGGUACGGGCACUCAUC